ACAGGGGUUUUAGGGUCUGAUUCAAAGACCGAGCGAGCGAAAAUGGCAGCUUCGAUGGCUUCAAUGGCGGGAAGACGAACGAGUGUCCGUUUCUUAUCCAGAACUUCGACGACUUCGUGCCCAAGGGGAUACUCUUUUUUCGGGUCACCCCAAAACUCAAGUUCCAUCCCUCUGCGCACUCCCAUUGCCCACUCUUCUCCUCUUAGGUACUCCACUUCUUCUGAAGCUCGCAAUUCACAGUUGCUGCGAAGAGAAUUGAGCUCCUUUAAACCCGAACACAGCGCGAUUGCUUCUGCCUAUCUUGUUUCCAAGCUUCCCUGCAAUGCCAGUACUCCUAACGAAGGAAGAUUUGCUAACUAUAUCAGUCCUAUCUGAUAAUGGGUGGUGUGGAGAUGAGGAGUUUUCUUGUAAAUUUUUGAACAACCUUAUUCUUCAUUCCUCUAUUCGGGGAUGCAGUAUUUAGACUAGACCAAGCACUGAGCCGGUUUGCUACUUGGAAGUUUGAAUAGUGAGAUUUUGAUGGUCUUCUGGUGCUGCAGCUCUGGCAUAUGUUUGUAACUUUGAUAAGUAUAGCGAUGUUGUUACUUUUUACAUCGUCUUUGAAAUAAUGUCUGGAGGAACAUUUGAGAAUCAGUUUUAAACAUGAGAUUGCUUGACCAAUGAGAAUGACAUCCACGUUUCUGUUGUUUUUUGGCUCUUAA